CCUGAGAUAGGCACAGGCUCCCCGUGACCCGAGAAGUUCGGAUAAGCGGUAGAAGAUGAGUGAGUGAGUGAUUUACACAGCUGUAAUCUGUUCUGACACAAGACACCAGGUCUGAGUCUGAAAACCUCUUUAGUUUGGUUUGAAGGAAUUACAUUGAAAUAUUGUUAGUUCUAAUGAAGUGUUUAUAUGUUUAUGGAUGUACAGUCAUGAGUCUCAGCAUGAAGAGGAGGAACAGUCCAGGAAACGAGGUUCUCAUUUAGAGCGCUGUAACUGAGCAUGUCAUCAGAUACGGCAGAACAGAGUGACCUAGUGAAGACGCCGAUUGUCCGAGUCCUGGGAGUGCAGCAGCAGCUUAUCCUCCACACCUCUCUCCAUUCUCCAUCCUGAAUACCUACUACACCCAAAUCCAGGCCUAUUGUCCUGUCUAUGUCCACAGCAACACUCACACUUUAUUACUCAGUUAAUAAUAUGACAAAUGAACACAAAGCCUCAUUUCAAUACUGAGAGCUCCUGCUUUAUAAAUGCAACACAAAAUAAAAACUUUGCAAUAAAUACAUUUAAAGUUGGAAAAACUAAGUAGCUCCAUUUAUAUAUCCAUGUUUGUGUUCUUGGUUAUUCUACAUUAUCAUUAUAAUGAACCUUCAUCUCAUAAACACAGAAAUCUAGACAACAAACGGAGAAUUUGGUGGUAAAUAAAUGUAAACCAGGAGGUAAGCAAACGAAUCUAAGUAAAAUGACCUUGGUGAGAUUAAUUAAUGCUUCCUCAAGUUUUACUGCCCAAUAAGACCUGUGUGAAGGAGACAAUAACAGCGCAGACUUAAAGACCAGACAGGAAGUGAGGACAGUUAUAGAGGAAGUUUGUUACACUAUAAACUGGGAGAUUGGGAUUUAUGUGUAUAUGUGACGGAGAGCAACACAUUUCCUUCUGUACACCAAACACCUUUCUGAUCUGUCUGAGAUCAUAGAUCAUAUUUGAUCAUAUAAAAGUCCAUCACUAGAACAUAAAGAGAUGUAUUCCCUCUAAACUAAAACACACUCAAACACACUCUGCCAACAGCAGUCCCUGAAAGUCCCAGCCUUCAUAAACACUGUCUGAAGUCCUGCUUCUCCACUAACACUCUACUCCUUGUCCUCUGAGGUCCUGCUGUUUACUGAACCCCCCACACCUUCCCCUGUGGAGACCUACAACCCUGGUUCUUAAACACAUCACAUUUGCCCACACUUGUUCCUCAGGCUGCUGCACAUCUGCUAGUCUCUGUGAGCUCACAGCCUCCAGAUCCACUGCUGAUCUCAUGGUUCUGGUGCUUCGUUCUUUACUCUUGGUUUUCUGAGCUUUCUGGCUGUGACCUGUUCUGGUUACUUGAUGUACAUAUGAAUUUGCUUGGUGUUUGUGUUAGUCCUAAGAUUAUAUUAAUGCAACACACAAUUCAAGAAACUGUGAUUCAUGUUUCAGUGCAAAAGUUCUGAUUCUUUCUGAUUAAAAGUGAUUUUCAUUGAAGGCUUCACAAAACCUGAGACUUUUUAAAGACUUAUUGUAAUGUUCCUGGGUGAAUUAUACGGCUGGACUAGCCCACAAUCACACACACACACACACACACACACACACACACACACACACACACACACACACACACACACACACACACACACACACACACGCACACACACACACACGCACCGUACACUCGGGCUCAUUAGCAGUGCUGAAUACACCGAGCUGCAGAAGAACAGAACAGAAGUGGAAGAUAAUGAAAGAGUCUCUGCAGAUUGUUGCACUUUUUCUGGGUUUCCUCGGCAGUGUGACUGCGUUCAUUUCUAUACACCAUCACACCUGGAAAGUGUCCACUGAUUAUGGCAACGUUAUUGUCACCUCCAACAUCUUUGAGAACCUGUGGAUGUCCUGUGCUGAGGAUUCAACUGGCAUUUACGACUGCUGGUAUUUCUCAUCGUUACUGGCUUUACCAGGUUUUGUUCAGGCAUGUCGUGCACUUAUGAUCACCUCCAUUGUGUUGGGAACGUUUGGUCUCAUCUUCACACUAGUUGGAAUGCAGUGUUCCAAAAUCGGUGGAGAGAACUACACAAUGAAGGGACGAAUCGCUGCCCUUGGAGGAGUGUUCUUCAUCCUGCAGGGUUUGAGUACGAUGAUCGCUGUGUCAUGGUACGCCUUCAAUAUCACACAGGAAUUCUUUGACCCACUUUAUCCUGGAACAAAGUUUGAGAUAGGAGAGGGUUUGUAUAUCGGCUGGUGUUCAGCAACACUCUCUCUGAUUGGUGGCUGCUGUUUACUGUGUGUGUGUGGAAACAACAGUAAAGCUGAGAAAAUGCCAUAUUCGUACCAGUCUCAGUCUCAGCACAGAGGGACGGCGUACGCGACCUCAGUCAUGUCUCAGCAGCCCAAUAACUAUGGCCGGAAUGCCUAUGUGUAAAAGUCCAUGAGGUUGCUAUUGUGGCAAUAAAUAAACCCUGGUAGUGUCCUAGGGUUAGGGUUAAUGUCCUGGAUUAAUUAAUUCAAAAGGACGCUGUGAGGAACUUUGUGUGAGUGUAUGUGUGUGUGGAAAGGUUGAAGACGCUCAGCUGAAGUGCACAGUGGGGAACUGGGAUGGAUCCAUCAUGGUCUGUGUGAGAAGAAUCCGAGACUUUAACCUUCAGCAUUUUGUCCCAUGCUGCUGCUCUGGUGAGAAAAAUAAAUUUAUAUAAAAUGAGAAAUUAAUUGUAGAUAAUUAUCACCAGAACAAUUUCUCAUUCCAGGUGUGAAUUGUAUUUUCAUUUGUAUUUAACCUUCUGACUCACGUUCUCAUUAAAGCCACUUUACUAAGUGUGAAUAAAACCUGAUGUAGACUUCUUGUUGUUUUCUGUAAUCAAAGUUUGCCCACUGAGCCAAUAAUAAAGUUUUAAAUCAUGCUUUAUAAAAUCUGAGUGAUUCUUUGGUGGAAAUGACAUUUCAUUGUUCUAUAAGUGUAGAGACGUGAGUUGGAGUUUAUUUAAUAAACAUAUUUAAUAAAAUCCAGGAGACUCACAAUGGACCUUCUGGUAGGUUUAAAAGUCUUAUUUCAAACUGUAAUUCAAUUCAAUUCAAGUUUUAUUUGUAUAGCGCUUUUUUACAAUGGACUUUGUCUCAAAGCAGCUUU